UUUAAAGUAACUUAUGUUGUAGUAUUAAUCUUUAAAUCUGUAUUUGGGGUAGAAUAUUCUAGACCUGACGAAGGAUAUCCUACAGGUCUAUUUUCAGACUGCCCAGGAUCCUGGAAGCCAGCUGUCAUCAAGCCACAGACCCUGAAAAAGCUCUUCAUAUCAGUCAUAGGUGAAAAUCAUUCAGGAUAUACAGGACAUUACAAUUAUUAUGGGAUGGAUCAGUUAGCUAAGAGUCCCGACAUAGACUUUAGGAAGAAGACGUGGAUGUACGUUGGGGGAUACUUCGAAGCUAAUGCUUUUAAUACUGGGCGGAAUAUGGGAUAUGACUACAAGGCUAGGGGAUACAACGCGCUUUCCCUUGAUACGCUACAGUUCACGACGAUUUACUAUCCUCAAGCCGCACGCAUCGCACGCGCCGUUGGUAAGCAUGCAGCUGAAAUGCUAGUAAAGUUGACACGCUUUGGUCUUGACCCUAAAAAUCUCGAAAUCACCGGCAUGAGUCUCGGCGCGCAAACCAUGGGCUUCAUAGCCAAGAACUACCGGCAGAUGACCGGACAAAACAUAUCUUUGCUCACUGCGUUGGACGGAGCUGGUUCUUGCUACAGGAAUCUCGGAUCUGAUGAAAGAUUGGACAAAUCUGACGCUGAUUUCGUUGUGAGUGUCCUUACAACCAUGGAUAUAUCAAGCAUAUCUGUUCCAUACGCUCAUGUAACGUUCUAUGUUAACGGGGGAGCAUUUCAAGAAGGUUCCAUCGCAUGGCUUCCCUGUGAUGCUUUGUGUAGUCAUUCCAGGGCAUAUUUCGUCUGGUGGGCAGCUGUGGUAUAUCCUGAUGAUUUUAUAGCUGUGCGUUGUGAUACUGUGCAGCAAGCUAGAGACGGUGACUGUUACGAUUUGCAGCCAAUGGUGACGAACACUAUGGGUCCGUUGAUUGAUAGAAGAAAAACUGGGAUUUAUUAUUUACGUACAACGAACAAGUGGCCGUAUGCUUUGGGAAAGCGAGGUCUGAAGAAGUCUAAGAUGGCUUAAG